AUGCAGGGAAUAUUCGCUCUCUUCCUGGUGGGACUUUAUUUCAUCACUGCCAAUGGCGAAAUCCCAGAAGAAGAACAGAAUCCCAGUUUCUGGAACCGGCAAGCGGCUGAAGCCAUCAAAACAGCCCAGCAGUUGCAGCCCAUCCAGACGGCAGCCAAGAACCUCAUCCUCUUCCUGGGAGAUGGGAUGGGAGUGCCCACUGUGACAGCCACCCGGAUACUCAAAGGAAAAAUGAGUGGAAAUCUGGGCCCCGAGACCCCGCUGGCCAUGGAUCGCUUUCCCUAUGUGGCUCUGUCCAAGACGUACAAUGUAGACAGGCAGGUGCCCGACAGCGCAGGCACGGCUACUGCCUACCUAUGUGGUGUGAAGGGUAACUACAAAACCAUCGGCCUCAGCGCUGCUGCCCGGGUGGACCAGUGCAACUCGACCUGGGGCAAUGAGGUCUACUCCGUAUUGCAACGAGCCAAGAAAGCAGGGAAGUCAGUGGGGGUGGUGACCACCACCCGGGUGCAGCAUGCCUCGCCCUCUGGCACAUAUGCCCAUGUAGUAAACCGGAACUGGUACUCAGACGCCAACAUGCCAGCUGACGCCCUGAGUGAUGGCUGUAAGGACAUUGCUUUCCAGCUGAUUACCAAUGUGGACAUUGAUGUGAUCCUAGGUGGGGGCCGCAAGUACAUGUUUCCAGUGGGAACUCCUGAUCCUGAGUACCGAAACCUCAGCAGUGAGAACGGGAUUAGGAAUGAUGGCCGGAACCUUGUACAGGAAUGGCUGAGCAUCAGACAGGGAGCCAAGUAUGUGUGGAACCGUCAAGACCUACUGGAGGCAGCAGAAAACCCCACAGUGACACAUAUCAUGGGCCUCUUUGAACCAGGAGACACUAAAUAUAAUAUACAGCGCAAUUCUUCUGUAGACCCCUCAUUGAUGGAGAUGACUGAGGUUGCUAUCAAAAUACUCAGGAGAAAUCCCAAAGGCUACUACCUCUUUGUGGAAGGAGGUCGAAUUGACCAUGGCCACCAUGACGGCAAUGCACACUUGGCCUUGACUGAGGCUGUCAUGUUUGACUCAACUAUUGAUAAGGCUGCCCAGCUGACUAAUGAAAAGGACACUCUGAUUGUCGUCACUGCAGAUCAUUCCCAUGUCUUCUCCUUCGGCGGCUACACCUACAGAGGCAGCUCAAUCUUUGGACUAGCUCCCAGCAAGGCACAAGAUAAGAAAGCAUAUACUUCCAUCUUAUAUGGCAAUGGACCUGGAUAUGUUGAUGGUGUUAGGCCAGAUGUCAACGAAAGUAUCAGUGAGAGUGUGUCCUAUCAGCAGCAGGCAGCUGUGCCUCUGAGCUCAGAGACUCACGGAGGGGAAGAUGUGGCCAUCUUCGCAAGAGGUCCCCAAGCCCACCUAUUCCAUGGUGUGCAGGAGCAGACUUAUGUGGCUCAUGUUAUGGCCUUUGCUGGCUGUCUGGAACCCUAUGAGAACUGUGGACUCUCGUGGUACAAUGGUAGCCCCCAGACAUCAGUAUCAUUCCUGCUACUGAUCCUUGCCUGGCCUUUCCUGCUAUUAGCAGUUCAGCAUUGA